CUGUCUUGUGGCGCCAUCUCCUGGAUCAAGAGAGAACGACUCGAUCUUCAACGACAACCAUAAUGGCGGCCACCACACGGCUCAUAUCAAGGUUGACAGUUGUCACGGGAGGGGGCAGCGGGAUUGGCCGAGCCGUAUGCCAGCGAUUUGCCUCCGAGGGUGCCAUAGUGGUGGUCGCUGACAUCAGCGAGGAGUCAGCCAAUCAGACCCUGGGCAUCCUGAACCAUGACCACAAAGGGCAGGACCACAUGGCGUUUGCUGUGGAUGUUUCAUCAAGGGAGAGUGUAGAGAAACUACUCACAAGCAUACAGUGUCGGUACUUCCAGCCUCCCUCAGUAUGUGUGAAUGCUGCAGGGAUCACUCGGGAUGAGUUCCUCCUGAAAAUGGAGGACGAGGACUUUGACCAGGUUAUCCAAGUCAACCUAAAGGGUACAUUCCUCCUGACUCAGGCUGUUGGCAAGGCUCUGGUUGCCUGUGGAGCUCCUAAAGGCUCCAUUAUUACUGUGGGCAGCAUUGUGGGCAAGGUGGGCAAUAUUGGACAGGCAAACUACUCUGCUUCCAAAGCAGGUGUGGAGGGCCUGACCAGAACUGCAGCCAAGGAGCUGAGCAGAUAUGGGAUCCGGUGUAACUGUGUGCUUCCGGGGUUUAUAACCACGCCCAUGACUGAUAAAGUACCAGAGAAAGUAAUCAGUCAGCUUACGUCYAUGGUGCCACUGGGGAGGAUGGGAGAGCCUGCAGAGGUAGCUGAUGUAUGUGCCUUUCUGGCUUCAGAUGACUCUCGUUACAUCACCGGAACCAGUAUUGAAGUAACAGGAGGCCUUUUCAUUGGCUGAGACAACUUUCCAUCAWCCUCAUUAAGACCAAUGAGGCAAGUUCCCAUCUAGGUCCAGGAAUUGAGUAUUGCUUCAACGUUCACAUUGUGCCUUCACUUGUAAUAAUACAACUGGUUGGGGAUCGAUCUUGUUUUGUAGAUCUAGUCAAUAUGUACAAGGUAAAUGUGCAAUAAAUUAAAAACAAUGUUUGUAACUUUUGAGAUGUUGUGGAGAGAGUUCACAAUACAGAGAGCGGGUCAGUGUUUAGUGGUUUCCCAAUGUAACCAAGUUACACCUCUAAACGCUCUACAUUUAUGUACAGUUACUAUCAUUUAACUAGUGAAACUUCUACUAGUCAUUAAUAACAGGGUUGGAUUUAGAUGUUUAUGAACAGAAAUGGCUGGCUUCACACAUGCAAAGGUACUCGAAUACAGUAUGCACACAGAGAAAAUGCGUUGGCAUGUGGUUUAAUUGGAGACUUCGAACAGAAAACAACAAGCCAAGAACAAACCAAGACAGUGAAACUAAAGCAAAAUAAAAACCAACAGAAAACUUGGCAAAAAAAUGAAACACAAAUGAAAGAGAGCAGUGGACUGUAGAGGGAGGCAGGCAUAGAUCAGAAUCGAACUGGAGGGAAAACACUAGAAGUGAUCUAUUGGGGUGUUGAGGUGAUAAAUAGUGGAAAUAAGGUUGGGAUGUGACUGAUUCUGUGUUAACACACAGGUGGUAAGUUAACUGGAGAUUUGUGAAUGAUGUGGUUGUAUUCAGCCGUCUGGGUCGCUGUAUGCAGCAAGACGAGAGGAAUCAAAUUGAAAAAAUUCUAGCUAUUGUGUUGCCCCGGGCAACAUGCAACACCAGCCAGUUGAGAGAGAAUGAAACAGGAGAGGGACUAAGAAAAAAURACAAGGGAGUCGAGCAGCUCUUUUUAAAAAGAUUAUAUAUUACAGAAACAAACAU